UUUGUUAUUAUUUUGUAUCUGUUUUUAUUUAUUAUAUGUUCGAAAUAAAGUCUUUCAUUCAUUCAUUCAUGUAUUGAUUGAUAAACUAUUGCUAAUGUCUGAAGAGUUUCUCUGCAAACAUUUUUUUUUUAGAAAUAAAUUGCAAUGCACACAUGCAGACACUUGUGACAUCACAAACCGUGAAGCCAAUCAUGGUUCAAUAUGUCAACACACUGUACAUCCACACAAGUGUCAAAGUAGACAUGUGAAACUUGCAGCACAGAGUCAAGGUGGAGUGGCUAUAGACUUGCUGUAACUAUGUCAGACUGUACUUGUGCUGUUCUGGGCUGCAAACCAGAACCGGGAUCUUCCAUCCACUACUUGCCCAGGAACCCUGUGCUGAAGCAGCUAUGGAUGGACUUUAUUUACAGACACAGCAGACCUGCAAACACAGUGGUGAUCCGGAUCUGCGGCGCACAUUUUAGCAGCGACUGUUUCGUGAACUUUUGUCAAAGGUCCAUGGGUUUUGCCAAAAAGUUGAUCCUGAAGCCUGAUGCAGUGCCAUCAAUUUACCCAGGCAGCCACCCAGGACUUCAGCACGGGCCAGCUGCAUUGUGUUUAAAAAGAGCAGACGUGGCCUGUCAGUAUAACUCAGUGGUCUUGCAUGACGUUGGCCUCCAGUGUAGUCUUCCUGUGAACAGGACGAGGACUGUGGGGACCCAGCUGUCAGAACGCAGACUGAUAUACAGGAGAAGCCUGGGUGUCCAGACAAAGCUGCACACAACAGGUGCUGGUACAGUAGAGACGAGAACAGCAGAGCAAUCCGUCGGAAGGCUAAUUUCAAGCUCUCAGAAACCUCCUCCAUCACCUCCGGCUGAUUGGUCACAGCCUGAAAUUGAAGAUGAUGAUCAAUGCGUGACAGUGGUAACUCAUCUUUUGUUACAAGUCUCUUUCUCUCUCAUGGAGGAAUCACGUAGUAUCAUCACAGUACUGCAGAAAUGGAUGAGUGUGAGGAUUUGAGUGAACUGACCGAAUCCUCAUUUUUAUAGAUGAAAACGCAGCAGCAGACUAAAUCCUCCAGUGUCUGCAUACUAAUUACUAUUUAAUCUAUCUUGCUUAACAACAGCAUGCUGCAAAAAUGAAAACAGUUCAUUAAGUGCUUCCACUCAUCUAUUUCUACAGCAUACCAUUGGCAACACUACACUUUUAAGUUAUCUCAUUAUAAUGAGAAAACAUCUGUUGUUAUUGUAAAAAAAAAGUUUUGUCAAUUUAACUAGAUUAUUCUCUCAUUUAAAGGAACAGUGUGUGACAUGUAUGGGGGUCUAUUCACAUCUAUAUUAGUGUAUAAUCACCUGAAAAUAAGAAUCAUUGUGUUUUUGUUACCUUAGAAUGAUCCGUUUGUAUCUACAGAUCUCUUCCUUCCUCGGCCGCCAUGUUUCUACAGCCCAGAACGGUCAAACCAAACACUCACUCUGGAGAGGGCCAUUCACAUUUUUGCGUCAGCCAGCCACC